CAUAUUUAUUCCCCAUCAAACCUCCUCUUGUACGUACUUCGUAAUCUUAAUUUCCACAUGCCCAUCUCCUUACAGGAUUCUAUUUUUAAGUUUGCGAAGAGCAUAUAGAAACCACAGAGAAAUGGGUUACAUGCAUGUUCUUAGUCUCUUCUGCAUGCAAAUAAUAUUACUCCUAGUAGUAGUUGCUGAAACGACAGCUAAGGUCCCAGCAAUCAUAGUGUUUGGAGAUUCAUCUGUUGAUGCUGGAAACAACAAUGCGAUUUCCACUUUGCUCAAGAGCAAUUUCAAGCCUUAUGGCCGCGAUUUCGAAGGUGGGCUCCCCACAGGACGUUUCUGCAAUGGGCGCAUACCUCCUGACUUCAUUUCUGAGGCAUUUGGUCUCAAGCCAGCAAUACCAGCUUACUUGGAUCCUCUGUAUAGUAUAUCAGAUUUUGCCACUGGUGUUUGCUUUGCUUCUGCUGGGACUGGCUAUGACAAUGCAACUUCUAAUGUGUUAAAUGUGAUACCCUUAUGGAAGGAACUGGAGUACUACAAGGAUUACCAAAAUAAGCUGAGAGCCUACGUCGGAGACCGGAAGGCGAAUGAGAUAUUUAGCGAGGCUCUGUACCUUAUGAGCUUAGGAACGAAUGAUUUCCUCGAAAAUUACUACACAAUUCCAACCAGGCGAUCCCAAUUCACCGUCAGACAAUAUGAGGAUUUUCUUGUUGGACUUGCUAGAAAUUUCAUUACAGAACUUUAUCAUCUUGGUGGUAGGAAAAUAUCUCUAAGCGGUGUUCCUCCAAUGGGGUGUCUGCCGUUGGAGAGGACCACGAAUAUCAUGGGUCACCAUGACUGUUUACAAGAAUAUAAUGAUGUGGCCAUGGAAUUUAAUGGGAAAUUAGAGUGUUUGGCAUCGCAACUUAAGAGGGAGCUUCCUGGACUCAGGUUGUUGUACACAAGGACUGCAUAUGAUACUUUCGAUCAAAUCAUUAGAACUCCUGCUGCAUAUGGAUUCCAGGUGACAAGGAGGGCGUGUUGUGCCACGGGAACAUUCGAAAUGAGUUACCUUUGCAAUGAACAUUCGAUUACAUGUCGAGACGCCAAUAAAUAUGUAUUUUGGGAUUCCUUCCAUCCCACAGAGAAAACAAAUCAAAUAAUCUCCCAGAAAUUAAUUCCCAUACUUUUAGCAGAAUUUCAAUGAAGUAUCAAUGGAUUUCGACAGAGCAGUUAUAGUAGUGUAAGGUAAUGCAAUGUAAUGACCAAGAUGAUGUGAUGAAGAAUAUAAUGUAAUGAUAUAUUGUUUAUUUGUAAGACUUUAUAGUAAUAUAUAAUGGAAUUAAAAUUACAAACAA